AUGGACUACCUCCCCACCUUCCUCUACUCCCAAUUCCUCAUCACGCCACCCAAGCCGACCAAGGACUGCACGGGCAAAACCGUCAUCGUAACCGGAGCCAACAUCGGCCUAGGCAAAGAAGCCUCCCGCCACUUCGUCAACCUCAACUGCGAAAAGCUCAUCCUCGCCUGCCGCAGCACGGAAAAAGGCGAGGCUGCCAAAACCGACAUCGAAUCCACCACCGGCCGCAAAGGCGUCGUCGAAGUCUGGCAGCUGGACUUGGAGAGCUACGACAGCGUCAAGGAGUUUGCGAAACGAGCUCAGAGUCUCAAGAGGGUUGAUGUCCUCCUCGAGAAUGCUGGGGUCGCGACGAGCGAGUAUAAGUUUGUGGGAGGGAAUGAGAGUACGAUUACCGUGAAUGUCGUUUCGACGUUCUUACUGGCGCUGUUGAUGUUGCCCAAGUUGCAGGAGACGGGGAGGAAGUUCAACAUCACGCCGAAUUUGACGAUUGUUUCGUCUGAGGUGCAUAAUUUCACGCCGGUGAUCCUCACCUGCCGCGAACUCGCCCGCCUGCACCCGACCUCCCAACUCCACGUCACCCUCAACUUCGUCAACCCAGGCUGGUGCCACUCGGGUCUCAUGCGCGAACUCUCCGGAAAUCACUUCAUAUCCCUCAUCAAGCUGAUCAUGUGCCGGAGCACGGAAGUGGGGAGUCGCACGUUGGUGGAUGGGGCGCUGAGGGGCGAGGAGACGCAUGGGUCUUAUUUGAGUAAUUCGAGGGUUACCAAGUGCUCUGGGUUGGUCGAGGGGCCGGAGGGGUCGAGGUUGCAGAGGAGGGUGUGGGGGGAGUUGAGGGAGGUGUUGGAGGGGGUUGAGGCUGGGGUUACGGGGAAUCUUGGGGCUUGA